CGAUGCUGGGGUGGGUGAGGCGUAUAUGACCGCCGAUGCCGGCGUAGGCGAGGCAUAUACGACCACCGAUGCCGGCGUGGGUGAGGCGUAUGCGACUGCCGACGCGGGUGUGUAUGCAGUCCACGACGCGGGUGUGUAUGCAGUCCACCGGACGGCAGAUGCUGGCGUUGGCGAUGUGCGCCGGACGGUCGAUGCGGGGGUCUACGCCGAGCACACCACGGCGGAUGUGGCUGUCGGCGCUGUCCGUCGGAUGACCGACGCCGUUGUUUGCGCCGUCCAUCAAACGCGCGACGCCUCUGUCGGUGUCGUCCACCAGACGCGCGACGCAGCUGUCGGUGUCGCUCGCACCACCGCCUACGCCGCUGUCGGCGUCGUCCACCAGACACGCGACGCAGCGGUCGGCGCCGCCCCUGCCCUCGCCAACGCCUCAAUUCACGCCGCACCCUCGACCUGCUCCGUCGCUAUCCACGCCUUCCCAAACACCACCGAGGCGUCCAUAACCGCCUCGCCCGCCACCACCGACACAUCCAUAACCGCCUCGCCCAGCACCGCCGACGCAGCGACGAGCCCCAGCCGCCACGGCUAUUGCGAUGUGGGCGUGCAGGCGCGGCCGGAAGUGGCUGAGGGUGGUGCGCAGGUGCGGCCAGAGGUGGCCGAGGGAGGUACGCAGGCGCACCCGGUGGUAGCAGAAAAUGGUGCGCAAGUACAACCGAG